CUGAAGAAUAAUCAGUCGUGGGAACUGACGACGACUCGGCUAUGAGAGCAGUCGGAGCUAUUUUAUGAAACACCACACUCUACAUACACGUGAAAGUGGAGGUACAUGUUGGUCUUGUAUGGCCGAUGAAUCAUGACCACAAAACGUUUGUAUAUUGGUGGCCUGGGCCACAGUAUAUCCCCGAAGGAUUUGAAAGACCGGUUUGGCAAAUUUGGGCAAGUUUCCGAUGUGGAAGUAGUGACGAGAAAAGAUGAAGAUGGAAAUCCGGUUAAGACGUUUGGAUAUAUCAGCAUAGACAUCUCUGAAGCUGAAUUUAGGAGAUGCGUGACGGUCUUGAAUAAAUCCAAAUGGAAAGGUGGAACAAUUCAAAUUGAAACCGCAAAGGAAAGCUUCUUACACAGACUUGCUGAGGAACGUCAACAAGCAGCUGAGAACGCCCAACCGAAAAAUCUUAACCACAAAGAAGGAUUAGUUGACUCUUUGAAAAAAGCAGGAGUAGAAAACUACCACAUGAAGGCAGCUGUUCCUGGUACUGAGAUUCCAGGACACACGGACUGGGUCGUGAGCAAAUUUGGUCGUGUCCUCCCUGUUCUUAAUCUCAAAUGUAAGAGCAAGAUUUUUAAGUAUGAUCCAUCCAAACACUGUCACAACAUAAAGAAACUGGACACGAUGACUGAUGAUGCAGAGGUGACUCCAGUGUCACAGUUGACAUGGGAGAUACCUGGUGGUGAUGAUGACAUCAGCAAAAAAAGACGAGGGGAAUUCCCACCACAAAAAAAAAAAACGAAGAAAAUCAAACAAGAUUUGAUGUCCCUGGAAAAGAGAUCCACUUUGGACGGCGAUGAUGAAACUCUGGAUGAAGCUAGAUCGUUGAUAACAAAAGAAGUACCAAAGAAACCACAAAGGGCUGAAGAUUACUUGGAGGUGGUUGGGGAUGACUUUCUAGUAAAGUCCAGUGUAUUCCAGCAUGGGGAAAGCAUAAAUCUCCCAACACCUGGGCAUUUGGAUGAUGACAGAGACUAUGACUCUGCAGACACUGAUGAGAUUCUGACGAGGAGUAAAACUUUAAAUGCCCCAGAAACUGAACUGAAGGAAUAUUCUAAGCCUGGGUUGCUCUGUGAAAUGCAGUCCGAUGAGUGUGAGAACACAUCAACUGAGACCACACACCUCACAAAGAAACCCACUGCACCAUCUGAGGAAAAUGGGGAAGAAUCGGAUAGUAGCGAGGAAUCGGAGAGUAGCGAGGAAUCGGAUAGUAGCGUGGAUUCCGAUUAUGAAGCUAUGAUGACCAAUUGUUGCCGGUUAGAGAUCUCGUUUGGAGAUCUUGAGAUGCUUGCUAAGCAAUCAUUGGAAACCUCCGGGGAUGAAGAUGAAAACUCUCACGAGGCCGCGUCCAAACCAGUGUCCGCACAGAAAAGGUGCAUCAACCCAGAGGAAAUAUUAGCUUCUAUUUUGGAAAGUAGUGAAGAUGAGGGAAAGAAACCCAAACGAAAGAAAAGAAAAGAAAAGAGUGUUUCAUCUCUGCCGGCAUUUAUGGGAACUAAGGGUCUCUUUGAAAAUUCAGAUGCUUCAGAACCAGAGCCAGACCCAUGCAUGAAAAUACAAAACCAUGAGGAGCCUUCACAUUCAGUUCCAAACUCUGAAUGCAACAACCCACCAGAGGCCAUCAAUGAUUCCUUAACCCUUACCCAUGCUUCAUCUACUGAGCAGUCCGGCAGCGGUGAAGAGCAGGAGAGGGAGGUGGAUGCGCCGGCUGCCCAUUCAACACUCGAAUCUAGUGCUUCUGCUGAGAAUACCAAGGAUGAGACUAAUAUGGCUAUGGAGACUAGCGAUGAAGAGAAAGAUGCUAUUCCCGAGACUUUAAAGAAUAGUCCUUCUAGCAGAUCACAGGAGACAACAGAGACCUUGUCAAACGGCGUGUCUUCCAAUAAAGAGGAUAAACAAGCCAAAUAUGCCACUACACCUGAGGUUACUUCUUCCAAAGAACAGGAUGAGGAAUCUAGAGCAUUCAGAAAAGCUCCUGUGUGUGAUGCUGAGAAGCAAAGGCAGGACAACGAGAAGCGCCUGGCCGCUCUGGAGCAGAGGCAGAGGGAGACUGAGCAGCUGAAGAAACUCAUUCAGGGUUCCCUCGCUGAAGUGGACACACCAAAUGCAAACAAAGGGAAGCAUUUGGUGUUUGACUCUGAUGAUGAGGGUGAUGAUGAUGAUGAUGAUGAGGCUGAUGAUGGAUUGGAGGAUACAAAGCCCAAACCGUCAGGAGCUUCCAGACUCUUCGACAGCAGUGAGGGGGAGGAUGAUGAUGCUUCAGAUGAAGAAAGAUUCCAGCUUAAACCCCAGUUUGAAGGGAAAGCUGGACAGAAGCUCAUGGCAUUACAAUCUAGAUUUGGAGCGGAUGAGCGAUUCCAAAUGGAUGCAAGGUUUAUGGAGAGUGAGAUGGAAGAAGAACCUAAUAAAUCAGGUGAAACGUCCCAAGUUAUUGAGGAAGAACUUGUGGAAGAAAAAAAUAAAAAUCUGGAAAUUCUUCAGAGUGUUUUGAACAUAAAUAAACCGGCCAGUGGUGCUGAGCCUACAAAGAGUAAGAUCUUCAGAGAUAUAUCAGCGCUGCAUUAUGACCCGACCCGAAAGGACCACGCAGCCUUUGAGAAGAGGACGGAGCCCAAGACAGAGGGAAAGGCUGCCAGGCGGAAGAAACAAGCAGAAGCAGAAAAACUUCCUGAGGUGUCCAAAGAUAUCUUUUAUGACGUGGCAGUGGACCUGAAGGAGGUCUUUGGAUCAACUACAACAACAGUGGAAGGAAAGAAAGAUGUGUUUGAAUGGGACAAGGAGGAAGAGGAAGUACACGCAGAAGAGAUGAAGGAGCAGAGCCCGAGAGCAGACGGACACACAGACGUGCAGUCAGACGUCUUCUCAAGUGCCACUCCAGAGAAAACAGAAUCAUCUGGUUUCAAGUUCUCCUUUUUUGGAGAGGAGGAAGAAAUCGUAACAGACACAAAUGCUAUGACAGGUGAAUACAAGACGGAGCUAUUAAGGGGUCCUAAGGCGUCGUGGCAGGGAGACCCCCGUUUCCAGGACAGUAGCUCAGAGGAGGAGGAUACAGAGGAAACUGAGGGAGACAACAAGACUGCCUCAGUUAUUGUAGUCGAAGAUCUGAAGCCCUCAAAGAAAAUGUUGUUCUUUUUCUACCAAGAUGAUGCACGUCUGAAAGAGGGACCCAGAAUGUUCUGCAGGCCUGCCAAGCUGGGAGAUCAGCGAGAGGAGUGGGAGGGGAAGAGGACAUCUUUGAUAGAGGAGUACAGAAAGAAGCACAAGGUUGCCAGGAAGAAGUUGAGGGAAUCUCAUCGGAACUGAAAUUGAUCUGUGCACAUAUUCCCCAUCACAAAUAUUCUCUGUUUGACAACAUGUAUUUAAUACUUUUCUCCUCUCUCGUGAGGAUUUUGUGUAUUCAGCAGAUAGUAUCACAGUAUGUCAUUAGCAUAAUUUAAUAUCAAAUGUGUUUUUGUUUAAGGACUUGAAAAUAUAAGUCAUGAUUUUCACUAAUAAAUUGAACUUGGCAUGUCGGCCACUAGGGGGCGAUGCUAAAGCCUUUUGCAUCCAAA